CAUAGCAGAAGAAACUGAAUUAUGAGCUUCAGUCAAACAGAAGAGAUGAAAGAGGAAGACUUCAACAGGAGAGAAACGCGCUUCCCCUUUAUCUGCACUGUGUUCAGCGUGUGAUCGAUGUCGUGCAACUGCCUCCACCUCCACCUCCACCUGUAUGAGCACAGAGACACCAUCAGCAGCAGCAGCGUCCACACCUCAGACCUCAGAAGAUGAUGUACCAGCAGGAGGAAAUGUUGCUCAACCAAUCAGAUUAUGAGUACAACGGCAACGUGACUAGCCCUUGUUAUCACCAGAACAACAACAGAGUUGAGAUGGUGAUUGGCCCCUACGUCCACUCCAUCAUCUGCAUCCUGGGCUUCGUGGGGAACAGCCUGGUGAUCAUCACGUACGCCUUCUACAAGAGGACCAAGUCUAUGACAGACGUCUACCUGCUCAACGUGGCCGUUGCAGACCUGCUGUUUGUGGUCUCGUUGCCCCUCAUCGUCUACAACGACUUGUCGUCGUGGUCGAUGGGGCUGGUGGCCUGCAAGCUGCUGCGCGGCUCGUACAGCGUCAACCUGUACAGCGGCAUGCUGCUGCUCGCCUGCAUCAGCGCCGACCGCUACAUCGCCAUUGUCCAGGCCCGCCGCAGCUUCAGACUGCGCUCGCUGCCGUACAGCCGCCUCAUCUGCGCCAUCGUGUGGGCCACCGCAUUACUGUUGUCCGUCCCCACCUUCCACUUUUACGACUGGUACCAGCCGUCCCACGGCUUUCCCAUCAUGAUGUUCGAUGAUGAUGAGGAGGAGGCAGAGGAGAACUUCAGGCCUCAGCAUGUUUGUGAGUUAAGGUUCAACAACACAGCAACAGCCUGGAACACCAAAGUGGCCAUCCCCAGCACCCAGCUGGCUGUGGGCUUCUUCCUGCCGCUGCUCAUCAUGAUCUUUUGCUACACUGCCGUCAUCGUCACCCUUCUGAGAGCCAAAAACUUCCAGCGGCACAAGGCGGUGCGGGUGGUGCUGGCUGUGGUGGUGGUGUUCAUUGCUUGCCACCUGCCCUACAACUUGACGCUCCUCUACGACACCGUCAAGAUUUUCAAGGAAGACUCGUGCGAAGCGUCAGAUGCACUGAGCGUGGCUAAAACGCUGACGCAGACCAUUGCCUACCUGCACUGCUGCCUGAACCCAGUGCUGUACGCCUUUGUGGGGGUGAAGUUCAGGAACCACUUCAGGAGGAUCGUCCAGGACCUGUGGUGUCUGGGGAAGAGGUACAUCACCCCGCGCCGCUUCUCCAGGGUCACCUCGGAGAUCUACGUGUCCACUCGCCGCUCUGUGGACGGAUCCAGUGACAACGGCUCAUCUUUCACCAUGUGACGACGCUCGGCGGCUCCAUCUGCAGAUCCGCCUGUGUGGACCACAGGCCUCCCUGCUAAACCCGAAAACCUCUGGAGCUGAGUUUAAGUCCAAACCUGACUCAAAUCCAUAAAUCAUUUAUUAGUCAUGAUUGUUUCACUCAGUUAGGUCACAAGAUCACUCUGAAAAGAUGAGAUUUAAAAGGGAAAAUAUUCUGCUGCGGCAGUUCUGUCCGUCUUUCUAUAUUUUUUAUUUUUUGCGUUGUGAAACACUGCAGUUUUACUUCUUGGACGUGAGAAGGAAGCAUCACUCAGUGUGACCUGCUCACAGCUCACAGACAAACGCAAACUGUGAGGAAACUUUGAGUCUGAAGCCAGAAGGUCGACAGGAUUUUGUUGAUUUGCUAACUUGACUUCUGUGCUGAUGGUUUUCACUGUGUGGACACAAUCUGCACGGGGUAUUUUAUUUUGAAAAUUGAGUGUUUAUGUGGUUUCUGGCAGAGUGGCGUGUCAGCCCUCGGCUUCGCCUCCUGGUCGUGGGUCCAAAAUGUCACCUUUUUAAGAGCUGUUUUCAGAUUAUUCAGUAGGUUGUAAAAUGGUUUGUAUGUACGAGUCUGAAAAUCACACAGACAAAAUCAAAGCCACCAAAUUUGGAGAAACGUGAUUUCAUUUCAAACUUCAAACUUUAUUUUGUCAAUAUAUUUUUUACACACACCGAAAUUCUUUCUGUGCAUUUAACCCAUCACUGAUUGAAACACACAGGAGCCGUGGGCUGCCAUGUCAGCUGGGGGAGACGACUUUUAGCCCACUUCAGAAUGUCCAUUUUACAUUGAGAGGAUCUGUUCAAGCAGAGGACGAAGUACAGCAGGAAUAAUUCGGAUAUUUUUUAAGGCUUCUUUUGGUUUCUGCAGCACUGAGCUACUGCUUCAAUCAGGAUUAAAAACUUUUCUUGCAGCACAGUGUGAAUCAGUCUGUCAGCUUAAUAUGUUAGACUGAACUCUGUGUCACCUUUUCAUCAAAAUGUUUGUGUUUUACUUUGUAACUUCCUGCCUCUGCUCUUCAGUUUGUAUCCUGUUUGAGGUCUGUUUUGUAUUUUCACAUCGCUAAAUGUACCCAUUGAAACCGAUGAAUGGAACUUUACUGUUGGUCUCGAUGUAUCUGCUAAUUGUACAGAAUAAAUGUUUUAAUUAAAGCAGCUUUUCACUGAUGUUGAUUAUUGAGCGUUAAACUGAUCUCCUUCACCAGCCACAAAGAUGGAUGAAACAUGACUGAACUCACAGAAUCAGUCUGCUCAUCACGGAGAGGAUGGAGACCAUGUUUGGCUCUGCUCUGCUGCCCCCCAGUGGACAAAUCAACUCAGUCACUGCUGCUUUAAGUCGGAUGUUUUUACAGUGUUGACUAUCAGCCAAAGCUGGUGCUGCUGAGGCGCUGAAGUGAUUCUGUUGUUUGGUAAGUUCAGCGUCCUGUGACGGUUUGUUGCUGCAACUCAGAGAGGAAGGAAACCGUUUGUCAACAUGCAGGACAC